AGAUGGAAUUGCGAACUUCUGUUAUCACUCACGAAAACUUGGAUAAAGAGAAAGCUCUGGCUUACUCGGUCGCCACAACGUCGCAGAAGCACAAGAACUUUGUGGUGGAGCCGAUGAAGGAGAAGUCCGUCAGGGAGCUGGCCGGCAUCGGACUGGUCCUCGGGGGCCGCCUGGAGGAGAAGGGCUUCUGCAAGGCCAAGGACGUGCUGGGCCAGUUCCUGCUGCUGAAGCAGGACAAAGCUGCCUUCAAGAGCUGGCUGAGGCAGGCGUGCUACGCGGGCAACAGGCAAUCCGAGGACUGUUACCGCUGUCUGAGGGAGUGGUGCGACGCCUUCCUCUGAGGGCCAGAGUUCAGACGUUGCCUUUCCAUGUCAGUGCCAUCUGACCGACCUGUAACACCUUCACACUGGGAGUAGUCCGACAGCUGCACACCUAUUGCUCGCAUCGAUUCUGGUUCAAACCGGGUCACUCAGACAGUGGGUCGAGGUCACGAGAUGACCUCUGCAAACUUGCCGUUGUCCUCAAUACACAUCUGAGAAUGUUCUCGGGUUCAGCAGAAACUCAUCGUCACAACGUUUCAUUCGAUUUCCCCUGAGGCUAAGAAUCAGUUCUCAGACAUUUCACAAGAUGGAGGCUACAGGGCAGCCUCACAGACUGGCGGACUCCAUUCCGUCAAGAACAAAGACAGGUUCCUGCAUUUCCACUAACCUCGACCCAUUCGAGUUUGGCACUUCCUUCCACAUUUUCACUCCCCCACGGCCGACAAUGGAGGCUGCAUCAGGAGCACCAAACACAACGGACGACCCCGGCAGAUUCGCAGGUGGAGUGCUGCUUCCCCUGGAAGGACAGUUUGGGAUCCUCAGUGAGGGAACAGGUGGCUGGGCAGAUUAGGCCACUGGCAGGGUAAGUGCCCGGAGGGAGAUUACUGGGGAGGGAUGAAUGGACAUGGGAAUUGUGGAGGGAGCGCUCCCUGUGGGAAAUGGAGUGUUGGGGGGGGGGGCAGUUGGAGUUGGAGGAAGUGGUGGAGGAUGAGAUGUUGGGUGCGGAGGCGGUUGGAGAGGUAGGGAAGGACAAAAGGACAUCACUAUUAAGGCAGCGGGAAGGUGGAUGUUUGGGAAAUGGGGGGGGGGGAGAUGCGGGUGAGGGCACCAUCAAUAGUGGAGGGGUGGAGCCCCGUUCUUUAAAGGAGGACAUCUCUGAUCUCCUGGAGGUGAAGAGAUUGGGAAAAGCAAAUGGCACUUUUCCAGGAGACGGGGUGGGAAGAGCUUGAGUCAGGAUAACCAUGGGAAUCAGGUUUAUGGAAGAUGUCAGUUGACUGCUUGUAUGCAGAGACAGACAGAACCAAGAAAGGGGAAGGAGGUGUCAGAGAUGAACCAAGUCAAUGUAAGGGCCGGGUGAAAGUCAGAGCCAAGGUCGAUAAAAUUGACGAGCUCAGCGUGGGUGCAUGAAAACGGCGCCAACGCUGUUGUCAGCAUUGUGAGGGAGGAGUUGGGAGUUGUAACCGGGGAAGCCUUCGAACAUGGGCCGUUCUGUGGUCGGGCAGACAUGGAUCGGUGCCCUUUGGCUACCCUUCGGGUUCGGGGUUCGGGACCGGGUCUGCCGUGAGGAGGAGAGCGGGAUUGGCCUUUCCUCUGUCGAGAAAGAAGAGGAAGGGCUUUGAAGCCUCCCUGAUAUGGCGGGAUAGACCGAACAUCCGUGGUGAAGAUGAGGUGGUCAGGACCAGGGAGAGAGAGUCGGCAUGAGAAGUAUCGGGGACUAUAAAAUGACACUAAGAGACCAGUGGGAAAAGACCUGAGAGCUGAAGUGGGAUUAGAAAACAAAAAUGGUCCUUUGAUGUACACUUCGAUCCCAGACUAUUAAGAACUUUAAAAACAAGUAAGAAAACUUUCAGAUCAAUUCCAGAAGAUACAGGAAGCCAAUGCAGUUACUCGGGCAGGAAUGAUGUAUUCCCUCAAAGUCUAGCGCUGGUGUUCUCAAUGAUUUUGUGUAUGAGACGCCCUCCUGCUCGCCCCUCCUCGUUUCAGGGAAUGGUGCAAAGCAAACCACACACAAAAACAACAUCCAGUAAGUGGCCGUUCUGUGGGCAAAAACACCCUGCUCGUGAGAGGUUGGAGUGGUAGGGCGUAUUCUGGUGUUGGGGUAUAUGGCAGAUAUUAAUUUCACCAGCGACCGAUCUUCGGACCCGAACGUGGAUUGUAGAUUGAAUCCAAAGUGCGGUCCUGAACAAUAGCUCUCCUGGAGCUGUGGGCCGGAGUCGAUUGCAAACCGGACAACGCUGAUUAACGUGCAUUGUGAUUAUGGGCGCGAAGGUGAUUGGAAACUAUAUGCAAUUUAAAGGAAGCACUGUAGAUACACUGUAAAUAUAGGACGGUCCUGCUCUCACCUUUGAUCUUCGGCAUAUAAAAAUGCCACAGAGUAUUGGGUUGGGAGGCCUCUCAUUUUGUUGGAUAAAGCUCUUUGGUAUCCACUAGCUUCAUUCAGUGUCUCUCUGGCGACUUUGUUCCCCUUACAAGAGGAGAACGGCUGGACUGGUUCAGGUUGACAGGAAGGUGACAGUAACUCAAAUAACCACCCGUUACAACAGUGGUGUGCCAAAGAGCAUCUCUGAACGCACAACACGUCGAAGUGGAUGGGCUAUAGCAGCGGAAGACCACGAACAGGCGCUCAGUGGCCACUUUAUCUGCUGCAGGAGGUCCCCAACAAAGUGACCAUUGAGUGUACAAGACAUUCGAUAUGCAGUAGUCAAAGCAAAAGUGAAAUAUAUUAUCAGGGUCAUGACAUACAACCCCGAGGUUCAUUUCCCUGCGGGCAUACUCAACAAAUCUAUAAAUAGUAACUGUAAACAGAGUGCAGAAGACUACAAACUGUGUAAAUGCAAAUAUCAAUAAAUAACGAGAACAUGAGAGAGAGUACUUGAAGUGAGAUCGUUCAUUGUGGGAACAUCUCAAUAGAUGUGUGUAAUUAUUCCCUUUUGUUCAAGAGCCUGAUGGUUGAGGGGUAGUAACUGUUCCUGAACCUGGUGGUGUGGGUCCUGAGGCUCUUGUACCUUCUGAUGAUUGAGGGGUGGUAACUGCUCCUGAACCUGGUGGUGCAAGUCCUGAGGCUCUUGUACCUUCUGAUGAUUGAGGGGUGGUAACUGUUCCUGAACCUGGUGGUGCGAGUCCUGAGGCUCCUGUACCUUCUACCUGCUGGUUGAGGGGCAGUAACUGUCACUGAACUUGGUGGUGUGAGUCCUGAGGCUCCUGUACCUUCUACCUGAUGGCAGCAGCGAGAAGAGAGCACGGCCUGGGUGGUGAGGGUCUCUGAUGACGGGCGCUGCUUUCCUACAACAGUGUUUCAUGUAGAUGUGCUCAAUGGUUGGUUGGGCUUUAUCCGUGAUGGACUGGGCCGAAUCCACUGCCUUUUUUGGGAUUUUCCACUCAAAGGUUUUGAUAUUCCCAGGCCAGGCUGUGACGCAGCCUGUCAUUUUAGACCAUAAGAUAUAGGAGCAAAAUUAGGCCAUUUGGCCCCUCGAGUCUGCUCUGCCAUUUCAUCCAUCUUCCCUAUCAGCCCCAAUCUCCUACCUCCUCCACCACCCCCGUAUCCCUUCAUGCCUUGACAAAUCUGGAACCUAUCUAUCUCUGCCUUACGUUAACAUUAAGACUUGGCUUCCACAGCUGCCUGUGGCAAAGAGUUCCAAAGAAUCGUACUGGCUAAAGAAAUUACUCAUCACCCUUCUCGGCCUCUGAGACACACCCACCAUGUUUGAAAUGACACCGCUGACCGAGACCCCUCGCUCUGAUCAAGAUGCAGGGUCGCCGAGCUCACUGUGGACGUGGUGGUCAGUGCUGGGCCGCCCUCGUUCACCGAGUUACCCUGUUAACGUCCCAAACACAGGCAGACUCAGGAUGCUAAAAACUUUAUUGUGCAAGAUUGAAAAAACUGUACAUUUGCAGCUUAAUAAUACAAUUAUGGUAGUAACUGGUCAGCCCGCGAGCUGAAACAAAUACUACCCAACGUAGAACGGACGAAGGUCAGCAGAGGAGUGGGGCCAUUUGGCCCCUCGGUUA